CUGACCUUACGCGUUUCAGACGGUCUCACGGUUAGCGACCUCGUUUACGUUUCGCAGAUCAACACACAGUCUGCAAAUUUAAAAGCCAUCGCUCUGUCAGACUUCUACGCAUCCGGUUAUUCGGUGGUGGUCCGAAACAAGUCUGUCAAUGAAGAGUCGUUCAGUGAAGUGGUGUUUUGCGUAGGUUUGAAGCGACGAUCCGGCUACUGUUUCCUGAACCUGUUCAUUCCUGCGACGGCGGUCGUCACCAGUUCGUGGACAUCGCUUUGGCUCGAAGACCAGACCCAGUUCGCGGACAUCUUCUCCAUCCUGCUGUCCAUCAUCUUUCUGUCGUUUUCGUUCAACACUGUGAUGCCGAGGGUCAGCUACAUCAAGGUCAUGGACAUCUACCUCGGCGCGUGCUUCAUUUUCGCCUUCCUGUCACUAGUGAAGCUGAUCAUCGUCAAGAUGUUGCACCGCCAGAUUCAGAAGCGCAGCAAGCGUACGUCGAUCAGUCUACUGAAGAGCCAUCCACUGCUGUCCGACUCUUGCUCGUCGUCGUCGAACUCCGCCGAGCGGACGGUGGACUCUCUGGACUUCCAGGUGGACUUUCUGAAGCAUCUCCAUUUCGACCAUCCGAUGUUUCAGACUGUGCACGACUGCUUUUGGCUAGGAGCUAAGGUAUUUCACAUCAUAUCACAGGUGUUUCUGCCGAUAGCUUUCGGCAUCUUCGGCUUCUUCUAUUUCGCCAUUUUCCCCAAUAUCGACUAUUCUUCGAUAACGUGUUGAGC